AUGGCAAGUCCAGGGGCGUUGAGCCCGAAGCUUAAAGCCGCAGACCUGAGUGGCAAGGUGGCCAUCAUCACCGGAGCUACUCGUGGCAUUGGCAAGGCCUGCGCCAUUGCCCUGGCGAAGCAGGGCUGCAACAUUGUGGUGGCAGCGAAGACCACCACAGAGCAAGCCACGCUGCCAGGCACUAUCUACAGCGUUGCUGAGGAGCUGCAACAGUUGGGCGUUCAAGCCUUACCUGUGAAGGUAGAUCUGCGAAAGUUUGACGACAUCAAAGAGUGCGUGAGACAGACUGUUGAAAAGUUUGGACGCAUCGACAUCCUGAUCAACAACGCCUCUGCUCUGUGGUGGCAGAGGAUAGAAGACACACCGAUGAACAAGUAUGACUUAAUCACUUCCAUCAACACGCGUGGCAGUUUUGCCAUGACCCAUUUGUGUCUGCCGAUCAUGGCGAAGAACAAGUACGGCCGGGUCAUCAACAUGAGCCCGCCACUGCAAACCGAUUUCCGAGCGUACAAAGGUUUUACAGCCUACAAUAUCUCCAAGUUUGGCAUGACCAUGUCGGCACUUGGAGCUGCUGCGGAGUACGAAGGGCAGGGCAUCACCGGCAACACUUUGUGGCCGGCCACGGUCAUUGAGAGCCAGGCAUCCAAGAACUUUGAGUUGGGAGGGCGCGAGAUGUGGCGCAAGGUGGAUUACUAUGACUGGCAGUUGCAUCACAGCCCAGAUCCUUUCUGA